CAUGCAUCCAUAGCAGACCAAAAAUUGCGAAGGUACACAAUUUAGUAGACUCCACAUCAUCAGUGAUAGUUAUCUUGUGAGAUUUCCAGCGAUGUACGGAAUUAUAGUGAAUAAAUCCUUUGUUAAAAUCUCGUAGUUCUUCUCGUAAUAAGAUUCUCUUCGCGGGCCGCGGCUCUGUUUGUGUAUCACCAGCGCCCCUGGUGUCGUGUCGCAGGCUUUCGUUACAGUACAACAAGAACUACAACUUACAAGGUGACUCCACUUUCCGACUGCCAUUCUGGUUAUGCUCCUGUCUAAUUUCGUUUCACUUGUCAUGUGGUCAGAUAUGUGCUGAUUGAGCUGAUUGAACUUGAGGAUUUCCAUUGGCUUUGAAUUGGUGAUGUUGCAGUACAUCGUGCGUAGCAAGGCUUUACCAAUCCUAGCAAAAGUGAGUGCAGAAUUACGAUAUCUGUGUUCGAUACCUAGAGUUGCCUACUGUAGCAGAAUGGAUUCGAUCAAGUAUCUCAGCCAAGAGGAGGCGAUUAAUGUCGACAAGAAGCUGUUCAGCGAGUACAAGUUUUCUGUCGAUCAGCUCAUGGAGCUCGCCGGGCUCAGCGUCGCCACGGCGAUCGCGAAGGCGUACCCGAUCGCGCAUCUGACCAGCCGCGACGUACUCGUCGUCUGCGGGCCGGGCAACAACGGCGGCGACGGCCUCGUGUGCGCGCGCCACCUCGCCGCCUUCGGCUACCGUCCGCGCGUCUUCUACCCGCGCCGCACGAAGCGAGAGCUCUACACGAACCUCGUCGCGCAGUGCGAGGCUUCCGGCAUCCCGUUCGCCGCCGAGAUGCCGGCGGCGGCGGACGUCGACGCGGCGUACGGCGUCGUCGUCGACGCUCUGUUCGGCUUCAGCUUCGCGCCGCCCGUGCGCGAAGAGUUUGUCGGCAUCAUGGAGAUGCUGCGCAGCGUCGAGGUGCCCGUCUGCAGCGUCGACGUUCCGUCGGGUUGGGACGUGGAGCGUGGCGACACGGCCGGCGACGGCCUGCACCCGAGCAUGCUUGUCUCGCUCACCGCGCCCAAGCUGUGCGCGCGGGGCUUCGCCGGGAGACACCACUACCUCGGCGGGCGGUUCCUGCCGCGGCGGCUGGCGGCCGAGUACGACAUAGUGCUGCCGCCAUACCCGGGGACGGAGCAGUGCGUAGAACUGCCCGUCGCCGCGGGCAAGCAGUAGGCGUGUGUGCAGCCAGGGCCAGAUUUAGACAUGGCGAGGAGGUCCUGAGCUACGGGAAGCAGUAGAGGGUCCUAUUUUGGCGAUUGGUAAUUGAGAAUAACGCUGUGUAAUAACAACUGAACUUGGCAAGAAUCUGCCAAGAAGCGUAAGAAAUCCAUGUGGGGAGAGAGGAGGGUUGCUCCUUUAGAACUUUAAAAAAUAUGCAUUUUGAUAUUUAACCUGAGAUUUUGAGAGGCCCCUUCAGACUGUGAGACCCUAAGCUGUAGCUUGUUUAGCUUAUGCCGACAUCCGGCCCUGCAUGCAGAGAUGACAGUAUUCGGUGAAACCCCAGGGAAGACAUCAGUGAACGGUUGAUCCUCGACAUAUCUGUUAAAGUGCAUCGUGCAAGGCUAAAUUUCUGGAAUUACCAAAUCGAGAAAUUUCUAUACUAAAUCAACAUGUUCAUAUUAAGAGAACAAAUGUCUGAAAAAAAUUCAUUUCACACAAAAUAGAACAGCUUUUUGAAUAUUAUUUUAUUCGUCGUAGAAGGUGAUGUCAUCAAAGUAUUAAUUAUUUUAGAAAAGUGAAAUGAGUGAAAAAAAUGAGUUUUUAGCUCAUCUGACAUAGUCAGAUGCAGCU